GUAGGCAACAGCGGAACCAUGGAAACAGAGCAGUCAGUGCAGAGACAGCUCAGAUCUCUCAGUCGUCCGUCGGACUGGAUGAACAGUGUCCGCUCAGUCCUUCGCCACUGACAUGCUUCACCAAUGUAUUUCUGCGUGUCGAAAUACGUAGUUACGACAGGCAACUCGCUUCCUUCGUUGGAUUUCUCUUUGGUCCUCAUUAUCCGGCUAAUUUAGCUCGUUGAACUUUGCUAAGUAACGUUAUCAUUCUUCAAACAGCGCUGCUAAGGUUGAGCCUCACAGAGGAUGCUGGAGUCAAUAAAAGUAACAGAAAGACUUCACUGGCCAGAAGUAGAAAUGUCCAAAAAGUACAUUUUAAACUCUACUGACAAGGCACUGAGUCCAAGCCAUGUAUGCCUGGAGAAGAUGCCAUCCAGUGUCCUCAAAGACCUCUUCAGCACUGGCUCCAGCAGCUCAUGCAUACGGCUGCAGGCGGAGGAGGAAGAGUGGGAGAGCCCAAAACAGUCUCUGUACAAGAAGCCCAAAACAUCAGUGAAAUGUGCUGCCACACUUGGUAAAAGGAACCAUCCAGGCAUGGGUUUUAAAAAGGUGCGUGCUCAAGAAGGUUGUGGUAAACCUGCAAAGACAAGUUGUGUCAUCUCAGGCACCAACUCUAGUUUUUCUAAACCAACACGGAGUAUCGCAGUAGUGGGCAGCACUAUGAGCCUCACCCCUCGCACAGUCCCAAAACUCAGGAAGAUGUGGGUCCCCAAUUCGCCUCGCACCAAACUUCGAUCAUUGCAUAAAGCAGCUUUUGCAGGGGAAGUGGAAAAUGCCAAGAAAAUCUGCCUCCUUACAGCAAUCAAGCCUUCUAAUGUGGAGAAAGAGAAGGUCAAGUUUUUUAAGUCUGACUUCAACUACAAUCCCCAGUUUGAGUACAGCAACCCCAUCUCUCCACUUGUCCUGGCACGGCAUAAUAAUUCCUCAGAUUGCUUCCUGACACAGGCAGUCCACAUCAUGGAGCUUGCACUGCAGCGAUAUGGCAGCUAUGAGAAGUUUGAGCAGGUCACUGGGGGUAAUCUCCUCACCAAGAGUCGCAUCUGGCACAAUGUCAAGAAAUACAUGGAGAAGGAAGGCUGUGUGGGGGAGAUAGUUGUCCAGGUGACAGAGGACCUCCUGUCCAGAGCCUCCAUGACAGUCGUGAACAGCAGACCUACACUUACCAUCAACAUCUCCACUGCACGGGAGCACUGGCUGGAGGGCAUGCUGAGGCAUGAGAUUGGCACACAUUAUUUCCGUGGAAUCAACAACUGCCACCAGCCGUGGAGCAGCAGUGUGGGAAGGAAAAAGCACAACCUGAAGCCCCUGAAUCCGACAGAGGAGGGCCUGGCUAGCAUCCACAGUGUGCUGUUCAGGAAAGACCCCACGCUGUGGCGUGCUGCCCUACUCUACUACACUGUCUACCAGGCCAGCCACAUGUCCUUCUCUCAGCUCUUCCACAACCUGGGACGCUUUGUCCAGGACCCCAACACCCGUUGGGACUACUGUGUCAGGGCCAAGAGAGGCCAGACCGAUACAGCACAGCCAGGGUGCUUCAGUAAAGACCAGGUCUACCUUGAUGGCAUCCUGAAGAUCCUGAGAUACAGAGACAAGAUCAACUUCCCACUGCUGAUGGCUCUAGGAAAGGUGUCAUUCGAAGAUCUGGACCGCCUGAAAGCAGUGGCUCAGAUGGAGAACGUCCGCAUCCCUCACUUCAUGCAGGACCAGGCGAGGUAUGCAGAGCAACUGACCAAAAUCAUGAUGGUCAACCAGCUGACUGACGAGGAGCUCAAGACCAUCAUCUGAGCCUGUUUCAUUUUGCCUGCACAAUCCUGAUCCGGCCUGAAUAAAUGCUGUCAAACUGCUGUCAGCUGUCACCUGCAUGUCCCUAAAACCACAUACACAUGUGCAUGGUAGAAGUGUGUGACUUGUUCUGGAUGCUAUAUUGUAUGUAGUGCAGACUUGUGUUCGAUUUUCUCAUAAUUAAACAUAGGUUUUUACCCAAUAAUUCCUCCACUGGUGCAGUAGAUCACCCAAGAAUCAUUACAGUGUGUUGUGUUUAGGGCUGAAUGAAAAUCAGGAAUGUGAACAUUUUAUAUAUAACAUUGCCAAUACAAUACCUGUAUUACUUCAUUCAUACAAAAAUGAUACAUUUUACUUUACUUUAUCUUUCUAUGAAAUUACCAGCCAACUAUGUUUCUUUCUUGACGGUUUCUGAUGCUCCAUUUGGUUUGUGUAGUAGUUUACAAAUUAGUUUUUAUAUUAUAUAAAAAACCUAAAUAUGAGCCUAGCUGAUGCUGGUUGUUUUGGCUGGUUAAUGAUUUUUCAGAACUAGUUUGUAAGACAUGCUGUCUGAUAACACCGGAAAUCAAAGGCAGUGUGGUAUUUCCUGAAAAGCCUGUUGUCAUAAAGUUGGGGGACAUAAGACCCAGUUGAGCAACAAAUUAACAAAGAGGGUUAGAGAGAGGGAGGUUUAUUCCCUGACUGCCUCCUCACCUGCUUUCCAAAAGCUAUCCUACCAUCCAGCAGUUUAAAAUGAGUAUUAAACCCAAAUUCCACUUAAAUUGAUAUUUGAUAUUCUCAUACACACAACACACAACAAAUAUACAUCACAUGAACAGGGGAAUCCCUCAGUUGUGACUUGCAAGUGCUUUGUGGUGGAAUAUGUAUAUUAUGGAGAGAUUGUUUGUUAUUUAACAUAUUUUAGGAUUUCCAAUCUCAAGUUUCUUGGCCAAAAUAUACCAAUACAGAUACCAAUAAAGGGCUGUCACUCUUCAGUUUUCCAAAUGUAAACCACCCUUAAAACAUGGUAAAUAACACAACAGCCCAUGUCUUGCUCUAGUUUGUUUGUUCUAGGGCCAACGGUUUCACAGGGAGUGACUCACAUGCACUAACAGGCACAACACACAUGCAUAUGAAUGUGCUCCUGGAGCAGCCACUAAAUCAGAGACGCUUACGAAAGAAGAAGUGUGACUUUUCUCUGCUCAGGUUACCAUUACUCCAUUGCAUCUUUCAAGAUAAUCUAGUUAUAUGUUCUUUAAAAUUGGGUAACCAUAACACCAUAGAUGAAAAUGCAGCUGCCUUUUUUGUUUGUUUCUGGUUUAAAAGUCAGUUGCAUUUGAAUUAAUUUGAAGAAAACAGAUGCUAAUUGUUCAAAUUCCAAGUUUAAAGAAGUAACAGCCCUAUAAUACAAAUGUAUCUGUCUAUAUCAAUGAUAAGCUAAUAAGACUUGAUGUGACAAUGUAUAUCUGCUGUAAUCUUAAUACUGUCCCCAAGCUUUUUAACCUGACAGUGAAAUUCCUAAAUAGCUGAAUGCUUAAAUGUUUGUGGACUCUUGUGUGUGAAUAUGGUCAAAUGUGACAUAUGAAACAUCCAUGAGUUUUCGCUUCACCUAACACUAAGAUAUGGAUUAUUUGUCUCGCCUGCAAGUGUACUUACCUACAGUAGUGUUCUGUAUCUAUCUCUGGGGUGAAGAUGAACACUUUCUUGCACUUAGUUUUCUGUUGUGGUGUAUGUAGUGUUGGGAUUUAAAACUGACAGUUGUUGCUCGACAGAAUGACGGUGAAAGCAGGGUGGUGCAGCACUGUAACAUACAGGAUUGCUUAUUAAAGCAGAACCUGUCGAGCACCGUUCCGGUGAAACUGUUUGUGUAGUUUUGAAUGUGUGUUCAGUGAAGCCCUAGUUGUCUAAUUGCACUGACUUGAAGCCCUGUUAGACUAUUUGCACUUUCUUACCUUGGAUCUACUUUUUCAACCGCACUGAUGUAUGCAGCUACAGACUGAUCUGUUUGAUGCCUUGUGGAUUUACUGUAACACCCGAAGUGUAAUCAUUUUAUGUUGCUAAUACCAAGGAUGACCUGAUGCAAGGAUGAAGCUCUUAAAGACCUCUUAAAUGGUACAGUUUAAUAACAUGGCAUUUCUAUGGGAUGUUUUCUAUUUGAAGGAUUUUUUGUCAUAUGAGUAAAUAGAAUCUACAAAUAAAAUGGUUCCCCGGCAUAACCCACUC